AUGCCGAUUGAGGCAACAUUCCUCCAUACUUCAAUUUCUUUCUUUCCGCUUAAGUUAACGAUUUGGAAAAACAUGAGCGAGAACUCUUCGAUUACAGUGGAUCAGCCAACAACAGAAAAUGGUAAUGGCCAAGGAGAGCAGGUGAUUCAAUUGGGUAAUAUGCCGCCUCCUCUGUCACCACCCACCGCACGCAGAAUCCUAGUGAUCCCGCAUGGAGCCGAAAUUGUCAGUGUACUGGCAUAUAUUUCUAGGGCUUCUCGUCAGGCAGUCUACAUCUUGUCAGGGAGGGGAUGCGUUUCACGAGCCAACUUGGUGUCGUUACCAAUCCGAGGAAACCGCAUGGGUAUUGGGAGAAUACUUUACUUGAGUGGAUGGUUCCAACCGAUGCUCACUGAUGUAGGUGUUGCUGUACAUUCUAGUCGUCCCAACGGAAUACUUCACGUCUCCCUUUCAGGUGUUUCACCAAGUGUUGCUAUUGCAUAUCAACUUUUUGCUUUCGGAGAUGUUGAGGUGGAUGUUUUUUUUGUUUGCGGACCGGGGUCAAUAUUUCAACCGGAUGCACCAGGUGCACCGAGAGAACGGGUACGAGUUAAUGGAGUAGCAUUAGCACAAGCACCUGCUGGAUAA